UUCUUUUUCUUUUUUUUUUUUUUUCAGGAAGAGAGGGUCUCACUGUUACCAGGCUGGUCUCGCAGUCUCGCACUCCUGGCCUCGAGCGAUCCUCCUGCCUCGGCCUUUCGGCCUCCCAAAGUGCUGGCCUGUGACCAGUCAAUGGCUGUUCCAAAUUAGGGUCUACCGCCCCGCACCGCUGCCACGCACAGUCCCGUGCGCCCAGACUCGACGCAAACAACAGCCGCAAGCUUCCCUGACCCCGCCCCGCAGAGUCCUCGCCCCACCCCGGCUCCACCCCUCUCCCAACCCUGCCAGGCUCUCCAAUCGCGUGUGGAAUUAUCGCUCUACCCAGGCGGUGGUGUGGAUCUCCGCUCCAAUUGGGGCCGUACCAUGGCGGAGAAGACUCAAAAGAGUGUGAAGAUUGCUCCUGGAGCAGUUGUAUGUGUAGAAAGUGAAAUCAGAGGAGAUGUGACUAUCGGACCUCGGACAGUGAUCCACCCUAAAGCACGAAUUAUUGCAGAAGCCGGGCCAAUAGUGAUUGGCGAAGGGAACCUAAUAGAAGAACAGGCCCUCAUCAUAAAUGCUUACCCAGAUAAUAUCACUCCUGACACCGAAGAUCCAGAACCAAAACCUAUGAUCAUUGGCACCAAUAAUGUGUUUGAAGUUGGCUGUUAUUCCCAAGCUAUGAAGAUGGGAGAUAAUAAUGUCAUUGAAUCAAAAGCAUAUGUAGGCAGAAAUGUAAUACUGACAAGUGGCUGCAUCAUUGGGGCUUGUUGCAACCUAAAUACAUUUGAAGUCAUCCCUGAGAAUACAGUGAUCUAUGGUGCAGACUGCCUUCGUCGGGUGCAGACUGAGCGACCACAGGUACUAUGUGGGGCAACAGUGAGAUACCUUCUAAGGACUUGAUAAGAAGAAACCACCAGAGAAUCAACACAUAGUGAGGAGAGUCUCAAUGCUUCCCAGGUACACUGUAGGUUGUUACAUGAUAUUAACUCAUUUGAGGAAAGAAAAUAACCAAAAUUAUCAACUCACCAAAAUGGGAUUUGAAGAAACAAAAUAUGACAGUGUGUAUACAGUGUUAUCCAUGAAAAGGAAGUCCUGCAUCCAAGAGAUGUGAGUAAUUCAGUGACCCAAAGUGUUCUCUACUUCAGUUAGGACUAGUUUAUCAAGACCCAAGGUAUGUGGCUUAGGGAGAACAUACCUUGAGACUUGCCACUUCUUUUGGCACUAAUUACAAGUCUAACUGAACCAUCUUCUGAUUGUUAAUAUGGCCUUUAAGCUAUUAUUGUUCAGGAAGAGGGAGAAUUCUGCAUAAGGGCACCAAAAUUUCAUUCUGCACAUAGUAAAUUUAGAGAAAUUCUCUGGUUUAUA